AUGGCUCAGUCGCUUAGAACCACACGCCUACCGCCGCUGCUGCGGCCGCUGCGGCUGCUGCUGGUAGUAGCGAUGGCGGUGUUGUGCGCGGGGGUGGCGCGGGUGAGCGGGCUAUACGAGGACCAGGUGGGGACGUACGACUGGGUGCAGCCGCGCAUAGGCGGCGUUCGCUUCGCCGCGUUCCUCACCUCCUCGCAGCGCAAGCGCGUGCUAGUCGGCACGGACAGGAACGUCAUUGCGGCCCUGAACCUCCGCACGGGGGAUGUUGCAUGGCGCCGUGUGCUAGGGGACAAGGACACUCUCCAUGCGCUGGAUAUGGGCGGCAGAUACCUCGUCACACUGUCUGGCACCGAGGCAGCAGCAGUGAGGGCGUGGGCUGUGCCCGAUGGAACCCUAGCAUGGGAAAACAUGUUGCCACUGCCUGCAGCAGCAGCAGCAGCAGCAGCAGCAGGAGGGGAUGUGACGGCGAGAUUUGUCACCAUUCCGGCCACUGACGGUUCCUCGCCAGACCGAGUGGUGGUCCUGCUUGGAUCAGCAGCAGCAGCAGAAGGAACAGGAUCAGAGCCAGCAGCAGCAACAGCAGCAUCGGAGGUGCAUUGCCUGUCGGCUGCUACGGGCGAGGUGCUCUGGUCCGCUACCCUGCCCACCCACGCCCACACCAUCUCCCUCAUCCCACACGGCUCAAUCCUCCUCACCGCCCUCUCCCCCUCCCUCUCCUUCUCCCUCACCACUCUCGAUGGCGCCUCUGGGAAGAUCACUGCCUCUGCUGCCUCUCCUCCUUCCUCCUCCUCCUCUUCCUCCUCUGCCGCGUUUCCUGGUCCUUCUACUGUGUAUGUCACGGCGAUUGGCACUGCGGUGGCUGUGGAUUCGGCUUCUGGUAACAUCCUCACUGCUGCACUGGUUACCUCUGUUACAGCGGAUGCUACAGCCGAUGCUACAGCCGCUACAGUGCAAGUGCACAGUACCCCCCUCGCCUCUCUCUUACCCAGGGAGCACUACCAGUCAGGAGUCUCUGCUUCUGUGGUGCCUGAGAAAGCUCCAGGAAGCUUUUUCUGGCUGUCUGUGCCGGAAGCUGUGUUUCUCCUGUCGGCAGGGGUGGCAGAUGGGCAGGCUGGGUCAGCAGGACAGGUGUCGCUUGUUGAUUCGUUCCCUGGACUGAGCGCUGUCAGUGCGAGCGUUGUGGGGGGAGCAGCAGGGGCAGCGGGGGCAGGAGCAGGAGGAGGAGGAGAGGGCGGAGAGAGUUUCUAUUCAGGUCUUGUGGGAUCGCAAGGCAGCAGUGACACCCUCAAGUUCCACAUGCAGGUCGAGCUGAAUCGAGCAGUUUCCCUCCUCCUUUGCUCUCUCCCUCUUCUCUCUUCGUUGCAGGUGCAGCAGCUGCUUCCCGCCCCCUCUUCCUCCCCUCUUGCCCUCCUCUCAGACUCUGUCUCUGUGGAUCAGCUGCUUCCCUCCCCCUCCUCUUCCCCACCUGCCCUUCUCUCAGACUCUGUCUCUGUGCCACCCCACCGUGUCUUUCAAUAUGUUCUUUCCCUUGCUCUCUCCCUCUUCCCUCGUCCCUGCAGGUGCAUCAGCUGCUUCCCUCCGCCUCCUCCUCCUCCCCACCUGCCCUCCUCUCAGACUCUGUCUCUGUGCCACCCCACCGCGGCCCCCCUGCCCGAGUCUUCCUUAACGCCUAUGCUCACCCUCUCUUGCUCUUCCCUCCUUCCCUCGUUCUCUUCCCUGCAGGUGCAUCAGCUGCUUCCCUCCAAUCCGCCUGCCCUCCUCUCAGACUCUGUCUCUGUGCCACCCCACCGCGGCCCUCCUGCGCGAGUCUUCCUUAACGCAUAUGCGAGGGCAGCAGGUGCAGGGGGCGGGGCAAGGGGCAAGGGGGAGAAAGCGGCGGGACAGGCGGGAGAGGGGAAGGCGGGUGCGUUUGGGUUCAGGCUGCUGGUGGUGGGAGAGGAUGACUCGCUGUCUUUGCUGCAGCAGGGCGAGGUGGUGUGGGAGCGAGAGGAAGCCCUAGCAUCAGUGGUAGCAGUGACGGUAGCAGAGCUGCCAGAAGAGGAGGAGGAGCUGUCAGUGGCAGCAGUGGAGCAUGACAUCUACGAGUGGGCUCGCACGCACGUGCUCAGAGCCAAGGCGUCCCUUAAUCUGGCUUCUGCGGAGGAGCAGGCUUUGGUGCAUCGCCUGCGCACCGCCUCCCCUGAAAAGAUCAAGCCUUUCCGGGAUAGGAAUGGGUUUCGGCGCAUUCUUCUGCUGCUGACCGCGCCAGGUGGGGGCAACAGAGGGGCAGGUGGGGGCAGUGGAGCGUCAGGUGGAAACAGCGGAAGGGGGAUGGGGAAGCUGUUUGCGCUGCAUUCAGGGGAUGGUCGGGUGCUGUGGGCUGCUGCGUUGCCCUCAGGUGGUUAUUCAGGUGGAGGGGGUGCGUCUGUGUUUUCACCUGAAGCGCUGGUGCUGUGGAGGGACCCCCACCGCAUGUCACCUGACCAAACACCUGAAGCUCUGGUGCUGCAGAUUAGGCAGCAGAAGCAGCAGGAAGGGGAGGAGAGGGAGGUUGCACAUACGGCGUUAGUGACUAUAGUGAAUGGGCACACAGGGGAUGUGCUUGAAUCGAAGGGCCUGCCGUUUGUGCCCCGUCUCGUUUCCCCCUUGCCCCUGGUGGGGAAGGAUGAGCGACGGUUGGUAAUGCUGGUAGAAAAAGUGGAGACGAACGAGGAUGAAGAGCAGAAUGAUGGGAAAGAGGAGACGGCUGGGAAAGCACAGGGACAGGAAGGGCAAGAGAAGGGAGGUGCAGCAGCAGGAGGGGGGAAGGCGCGGCGGUAUGAGCCUGUGCGGGUGCAUGUGUUCCCAGGGACGGAGGAGGCGAGGGGGCUGUUUGAAGGGCACAAAAAGGAGGUGUUCUUUUACCUGGUGGACGCUGUAACGGGGGCAGUGGAAGGGUAUUGCAUUGGAGAGGAGGUGAAGGAUGAGGCUGGGAGUGGUGGGAGCGGCGGGAGGAGCGAUGGUGGGAGGUUGGGAGGUGGUGUGGUGUAUGGAGCAGUGUUGGUGUGGCGGGUGGUUCUUCCAGCUGAUUCGGAGAUCGUUUCAGCCAUUGCUGCGCCUAAGAGAGAGGAGUCCCAGCACACACAAGUGCGAGCCCUGGGCGAUCGCAGCGUGCAGUUCAAGCUACUUUCCAAGAACCUGCUCUUUCUCGCCACCACCACGCCUCCUGCCGCCGCUGCUGCUUCUGCUUCUGGUUCUGGGGAGGAGGAGGGGGGAGCGGUGGUGGUGUAUCUGGUUGACACGGUGGGAGGGCAGGUGGUGGAGCGGGUGGUGCAUCAGGGAAUGCAAGGGCCGGUGCACGCGGUGAGUGUAAGGGGUUUGCACAGGGUUUGGGGUUGCCACGAGUGCAGGGGGUCGGGAGGGGAGGAGGGGGGAGCGGUGGUGGUGUAUCUGGUUGAUACGGUGGGAGGGCAGGUGGUGGAGAGGGUGGUGCAUGCGGGCAUGCAGGGACCCGUGCACGCGGUUAUGGCAGAAAACUGGGUGGUAUACCAUUACUUCAACCCUGCUGCAUCUCGCUAUGAAGUAUCCACUAUAGAGCUCCUCGAUACCUCGCUGAAGGAUGUUCCUGUUAUAGACUACCUCAAAUAUGGACUCAGCAUCCCUGGAUCGUCCAACCUCACUGCCCCGCUUUCUGCCUCGGAAAUUGCCUGGGGAAGGGUGAAGCGGCUGAGGCAGAGUUACUAUUUCCCCUACGCGUUGAGGUGUAUUUUGGUGACUUCCACCCUUGCGGGGAUCACAAACAAGCAUGUCCUCUUCGGCACGGCACUCGAUCAGGUCUUGGCUCUCGACCGUCGAUUCCUGGAUCCUCGCAGGGUGCCCGAGCCGUCACAGCAGGACAAGGAGGCGGGCAUCAUGCCUUAUAGCGAGUCGUUGCCUGCUCCGGGGCAGGCUUAUCUCACCCAUCGCUACCGCAUCGAGGGUCUGAAGCACAUUCUCUCCUUCCCCACACGGCUCGAGUCCACCACGCUUGUCCUAGCUCACGGGCUGGACCUCUUCUUUGUUCGCACCGCCCCCUCGCGAGUCUUUGACUCCCUGGGAGAGGAUUUCAGCUUCGCGCUGCUGCUGGGGACCAUUGCUGUGCUGUCGAUCGCGAUUCUGGUUACGUGGGGGCUGUCCCGCAAACAGGAGCUGAAGCAGCGGUGGAAGUGA